AUGCCCAAACAAUUUUCUGAGUUGUCGAAACGUCAACGAAAUCGGCGAACUUUACUUUCUUACAAUUCAAAUCGUGAAGUAACCUCUCAGCCGGUUUCACUUCUAAAUGACAGUAAUCCAAUUGAUGGUCCAUCAUGUUCAUCGGCCUUCGAAUUUGAAGAGCCUGAGAUUGAAGAUGGCAUGAUGGAGGCCAAUCAUUUACAAUAUUCAGAUAAUUCGCAAUAUUCACAUUUAUUAGAAACUGAUAUUAGUCACAAUGACAAUGCCAGUAGUGUACUUUCAUCAUCAGAGACAAGCAGUGACGAAUUUCAAAUCAACCCGCAAUAUCAGCAGGGAAAUAUACAUUUGCCUUUGACAGAUGAACUAUGCAAUUGGGCAAAUGAAUUUCAAAUUAAUCAAAAUGCAUUAACCUCAUUAUUACGAGUUCUUUCAAGACACGGGCAUGACGAUUUACCUCGGAAUGCGCGAACACUUUUGAACACCCCAAGACCAGAUACUCAUGAUAUUAAAACUCUUUCUAAAAAUCAGUACGUUCACUAUGGUUUAUUAAAAGCGCUUAUAUCAAUCGGUAAUCGUUUUCCUCAUGCUUUCGACUAUUGUGAUGUAAUCUAUUUGGAUUUAAACAUUGAUGGCUUACCAAUUUCGAAAAGCUCAAAGAGUUAG